AUGGCAAAAUCGAAGAACAAGGGCCGCCGCGCCAACCCCGCAAGCAUUACUACCGUGCAGCGCCAGCAGACCAUCUUUCUCGACGCAUUACCAUGCGAAGUGAUUGGAAUGAUCGCUUCGCAAAUGAGCUACGCAAAAGAACCAAGUUGGAGAUAUGAAGUCGAGAAGAAAGGGGAUAAGGAGGAGAACGCAGGGCUGAGCGCAUUUCGGCUUACGUGUAAGACGCUCAACGAUAGCUCGCAGUACGAGUGGGCACGUCGCCACACGACGUCUAUUGUGGUGAGACUUUCGACUGCUGACAUUCAGCUCACGACGAGCGUUCUUGCGAACUCUGGACGUUUCGCGAAGGUUAAAUCUGUGAACUUCGUCGGACCAAAGACAGAAGACCUUCCUGAUGGCGGCUCCUUCACAGUGAAACACACAACGGAGUUGCGGCUCUCACUAGAAGGCUUCGUUCGCAAGCUAUCCAAUAUUGAAGCCGUUGAAGUGAACGCUCUUCAAAACGUCUAUUCGGCGUCUGCACCAUCUCCUCGAGGUUCCUCGCUGUUGGGUACUCUAGAGGAUGUGAACCCAAGCAAGCUCCAACGCUUGCAGCUCAGCGACGGCGUCUAUUCAGCGGCGACGGUCCAUUCGCUGCUGGGAGAACUCAAAGCAAAUCUGCGUUUCUUCAAGGUCGACAGGUUCGAAAUCUGCGACGGCAAUGCACACUCGACACUGGCGUUCGUGCGGGACGAGCUUCUUCUAGAUGAGCUACAAAUGACCGCGGUUCGCUCGGUCGUUGAUUCGGAGAAAUACACGCUGCUUCAUGACCAGUUCGACAUGGGAGGUCGCGAGUCCAAGUGGCUUCGUAACAGGGCGACUGGAAACUUUGAGCGCUACACCAUUGGCAACUGCUGGUUCCAAGCCCAGGGCAAAGGUGCGAUCAAAUUGGCACUCAAUCGAAUCCUGGAGCUCGAAGGCAGCGACCUGUACGAUCCUAGCUUGACCAAAGGAUCUUUGGGCUUUUAA